AUGAACUUGGUGUACAUAGAUGAGACGUGGAUUGACACUGCAUAUACUGCAAAGAAAUGUUGGCAACAGGAAGAUGAAUGCUGGGUUUUAGAACCAGUAAGCCGUGGACAACGUCUUAUCAUCGUUCACGGGGGCGGAAUGUUGGGAUUUGUACCAAAUGCAUUACUGAUUUACAAGGCUAAAUCGUGUACUGGUGACUACCAUCAAGAGAUGAAUGGUGAGAACUUUAAAAAGUGGUUUACAGAAAAACUCUUGAGCAACCUACCCGAAAAGAGCGUUAUAAUAAUGGACAAUGCAUCAUACCAUUCUGUACAGUUUGACAAAUGUCCAACAACUAAUACCAAGAAAGCAGAUAUUCAGGCUUAUCUUCGAUUACACGAAAUACAGUUUGACAAUAAACUUCUUCGUCCGCAGCUUCUUGCUUUAGCAAAAGCCAACAACCAAACGCCAAAAUAUGUUAUAGACAAUAUCGCCAGAGAGAAAGGACAUGAAAUUUUACGUCUCCCUCCUUAUCAUCCAGAUCUAAAUCCUAUAGAACUGAUAUGGAACCAAGUAAAACAAAGUGUCGCCUCAGGAAACGUUACCCACAGGAUUGACGAUGAAGCAGUGGCAGAUAUCACAGUUUCUGAUUGGGAGAAAACUUGCCGUCAUGUUGCAAUUAUCGAAGAAGAAUACAGCAAAAGAGACAUUGUAAUCGACGAACAAAUGGAGAGAUUGAUAAUUGAUCUGGCAGACAGCAGUGACAGUGAUAGUGACAUUAACGACAAUGUUUUACUUACUUUCAAUUGUAUAAUUUUCAAACGUCUGUGA